CAGAUUUUCUUAGAAUGCAUUGUUGUUUCAUCAAGCUAAUUGGCUGUACACAUUCUCCUCUCCCUAUCUAUCCCCUGUAUGACUGAUUGAAGAUGGCGAGGUCACGUUGGAUGACGACACGACGUUUGACCUGUUUGAUAUUAGCGGAAUCACACGCAAGACAAUGGGCGCCAAGCAAUUCCGCGGCCAAGACACUGACAAUCCGGCUUACCGCUUCAUCCGCUUUGACCAUUUGCCCUCAGUGAGCGCGCCCGUGCUCAAACAGAUGCUUCAGCAAAUCCAGAACAACGAGGGCUUCGUGUUUGUGGCCAGCAUGCGCCAGGACCGCAGCUCGCGGGGAACCCUCAUCGCCUUGGAAGGCGCCAACGGCCAGCGGCAGUUUGAAAUAGUCUCCAACGGCCGCGCCAACACGCUGGACCUUGUCUACUGGGUGGACGGCUCCCAAAAUGUCGUCUCCUUCGAGGAUGUUGACCUGUCCGACUCGCAGUGGAAGAAUAUCACACUUCAUGUUCAUGGCGAAAAUGCAAAUCUGUUUGUGGGCUGCAGUCUCAUCGACAGCUUCAUCUUGGAUGAGCCGUUCUAUGAGCACCUGCAGGCGGAGGGGAGCCGAAUGUUCGUCGCCAAGGGAUCCAUUCGUGAAAACCACUUCAGGGUAAGAAUUAGUCCUGUGGAAUAUACCUAUAUUAUAGUGUUCAACUGAAACUGUUCCCAGCAGUAAAAAAAAAACCUUUCCGACUGUGAUCUUUGGUAUUUGUAUAAGGGAGAAACUUCAAUUUUCCUUCUGCACUUUAUUACUUUUGUGGUCUUCUGUAGGGUGUUUCUUUGUUAAAAAUAAAAGCCCUACUACACCACUUCCAAAGUCCUAGCCUACUCUUAGUCUUAGUCAUAAUAAAGCUUUAAGAAAUUAAGAAACCAUCUAGCAAUUACAAAGAAGUAAAUCAUGUGAUUAUGAGAGAACAUUUUUAUGGACAGAUUACACGGACCUUUGUGGUUUUACCUGAGCCUGUCAUUUAUAACUUGUAGGUGCACUUCACGGGACACGACUCCAAGCUUAAUGUAGAACACCAAUGGUCCUCCCUUUAAGGAGAGUUUAAGGGUUCAACAAGGAGGUAGACCAAUAAAUGUGACAUGAAGUGCAUCCAAAAUGGAACCCCAUUCUCUCUACAGUGUGCUACUUCUGUCCAGAAAAGUAGUGCACCAGAAAUAGGGAAUAGGACACCAUUUCAGAUCUUGCCCCUUAAGUCAUUUUGAGUCUAAUGUUAGCCAGUAAGAAUAACUCAUUCUGUAUUUGUUUACUUGACAUACUAGCUCAAGGUAAGUGAAUAGUAAAAAAGCUGUUCCUAGCUGCUAGUUCAAUGUGACACAUAACAGCCUCUUGUCUUGUCAAGCAGGGGUUACUGCAGAACGUUCGCUUCUUGUUCGACACAUCCAUGGAUGACAUUCUUAGGAACAAGGGCUGUGAAGUCACUAAGCCAGGUAAGAGACAGUUGGAUUUUGGCUAACGUUACUGUACUGGUUGUUUUCAUUAGGCACCAAAUGGAGAAAAAAGAAACAGUUUGAAACAAGGAGGGACUACCUGGACUUAUCCAUUGAGAGACAUUUGUUUUCGUUAAACAGGAACGGACUACCUGGACUUGUCCAAUGAUAAAGGCUCAUUUUAUAAUGUUUUCUGUUGCGUGCCCUAAGAACAUGCCCCUGUAGUUUAGAUAGACUGAGUCUUACCAAUAGGGGGCGAUAUGAUAUGUAGGCUGAAAGAUAUUUCAAGGACAUCAUCUCAAAGACCGUCUGAUAUCGUACUGUAUUGUGUUACAGCAACUGUCCUUUAUUAAUCUAUUCUCAAACCGGUGUGUGCUGUACAGCCAACUGUUAUGGUCCUUGUCAUCCCAAGUUUGGCACCAUAGAAUGAUCAUAGAAAUGGUCAAGACAACACAACAGAUCUGGGACCAAGCUGGUCCUUUUUGGGGCUCUGUGGUGUUGUUAUCAUGCUCUGAAAAGUCUGAUGACAUGACCUCAACUCGUCCUUCCCGACCUGCUUUAAACUCCCCUUUAAGCCCCAUCCAACACAGAUGUGACUGAACAAUCCAUCCUGCUACCUCACAGUGUGCAUCCUAAAUGGCACCCUAUUUCCUAUUUAGUACACUUCUUUGGUCAAAAGUAGAACACUACAUAGGGAAUCAGCUGGAAUAGGGUGCCAUUUGAGACGCACCCACAGUCACAUGCAACCUCUUACAGCUCUGGGGAUCUGCAUUUCGUUUAGAUAAAACCAUAUAAGAUUUCCCCAACAGACCCAACCACUUAAAAAUAUGGAGUUCUUCCUUGUAUCGAUUGUGUCUGGUUCUAUGGUUUUUUUCAGUCUUUCAUUUUAGUGGGUAAUAGAAAGCUUGCAGAUCUGAAAUGUGGAGAUAUCUGACAGUAUUACAUCACGUUAAUGGAAACCACUGUGUCAGUGUGGUGGCGUGAGGUCAACGUGUGUGUGUGUGUGUGUGUGUGCGCGCGCUCCGGUCAACAAACAAAAGGAGAUACAGACGCUUACAUUUGUUUCCAUUGGCACUGGACUGGCUGGGUAAUGAUGGGGGAGGAAAUAGAAGGGUAAUGAUGGGGGAGGAAAUAGAAGGGUAAUGAUGGGGGAGGCAAACAAAAGGGUAAUGAUGGGGGAGGAAAAUAUAAGUGUAAUGAUGGGGGAGGAAAUAGAAGGGUAAUGAUGGGGGAGGCAAACAGAAGGGUAAUGAUGGGGAGGAAAAUAUAAGGGUAAUGAUGGGGGAGGAAAUAGAAGGGUAAUGAUGGGAGAGGCAAACAGAAGGGUAAUGAUGGGGGAGGAAAUAUAAGGUUAAUGAUGGGGGAGGAAAUAGAAGGGUAAUGAUGGGGGAGGAAAUAGAAGGGUAAUGAUGGGGGAGGAAAUAGAAGGGUAAUGAUGGGGGAGGCAAACAGAAUAGAAAGCCAAAUGCUAUGCUGGAAGUAGUAGGGACUGGGAGUCGCCACUUUCCCUCAUGAACACACACAGGAUAUUAGCCUCUCUGCUGCUGAAGCUGGGAAUGGGGCCCUGUAAUCCUCAGUAGGGUCUUCUGAGAAGGUCCAGAAAACCCAGAGUGUGUAUGUGUGUGUGUGUGUGUGUGUGUGCGUGCGUGCGUGCAUCUGCAUUUUUGUGGGUGUGUGUAUGUGUGUGUCUGUUUGUGGCUUGUAGCGCCACUGUUGACACAAGUGUGUUUCCAUUCUAGCUGAGUGAGCAGAUUUUAUGUUUGACAAAUGUCACCAAGGCUUCCCAGUCACUGGAAAAAGCCUAGAUGUUCCUACCAGCCAAGGUCUGACCCUGGCUGGAAAGUAGGGAAAGAGGAGAGGAAAGAGAGGAGGAAAGAGGAGAGGAAAGAGGGGAGGAAAGAGGAGAGGAGAGGAAAGAGGAGAGGAAGGAGGAGAGGAAAGAGGGAAGGAAUGAGGAGAGGAAGGAGGAGAGGAAAGGGGGGAGGAAAGAGGAGGAGAGGAAAGAGGAGAGGAGAGGGAAGAAGAGAGGAGAGGAAAGAAGAGAGGAGAGAGGAGGUGAAAGAGGAAAGAGGAGAGGAAAGGAGAGAGGAGAGGAAAGAGGAGAGGAGAGGAGACAUGAAUCAACCAGAUCCACAGACACACACACACACACACACACACACGCACACACAUAGCAACAGCUGGAAACACAUUUGGAAGAUUUGAGUCCACCAGACUUUAUGGGGGAAAGGAAGUAAAACAUCUUUGUCCAAUUUGGCCGCAGUGGGACAUCUUGUGGUUAAACAGGGCCAGCCUGACUUGGACCGAGCCUGAUUUACAGCCCCUAACCACCCAUUCAUCUCCGUCCAUUUACAUGGCUGACCCAGAAUCAACUGCUACACAUGUCUAGUGGCACACACAGGUGCACAUAGGCCUGCACACACGCACGCACACGCACGCACGCACGCACACACACGCACACACACACACACUCACGCGGCUGGAGAUGCUGCGUUCCUCAGGCCUUUCCUCACCAGGACCCCCAAUCUGACACACCAGGCUGUGGCUACUCAUCAAUAUAAUGUUCUAUCUAGUUUAUCAUGUUUAAGCAGCACUAUUGUUAAGCAGAUGUAUGUUAUAACAAUGGACAGUUUAUAAUGUGGUCUGUCACUUGUAGUGAGACCUUUGUGAUCCAUUAAAUACACAGGAUCAUAUAAAAGAUCAAUCCUGCAGAGCGAUUGUAAACUGUAGGGACUGUUGACGCAAUAGAAAGAUAACCAAUGGUCAUAACAAAAGCAUUAUCUGUGGCCAUGAUACAGUGGUCAUAACAAAAGCAUUAUCUUUGGCUAUUAUACAAUGGUCAUAACAAAAGCAUUAUCUUUGGCUAUGAUACACUGGUCAUAAAAAAGUAUUAUCAUUGGCUAUGAUACAAUGGUCAUAACAAAAGCAUUAUCUGUGGCCAGGAUAUAAUGGUCAUAACAAAAGCAUUAUCUGUGGCCAGUAUAUAAUGGUCAUAACAAAAGCAUUAUCUUUGGCUAUGAUACAAACAAAGCAUCCAACAAAUAGAGCAGAAAAACCUAGCCUGGUCCCAGGUCUGUUUGUGCUGUCCUGCCGACUCCUAUGGUCAUUUGGAUUGUUAACAACCAUAAGUGUUGGCAAGAUAGCACAGACAGACCUGACCAUAGGAGUUGGCAUGACAGCACAGACAGACAUGACCAUAGGAGUUGGCAUGACAGCACAGACAGACAUGACCAUAGGAGUUGGCAAGACAGCACAGACAGAUCUGGAACCAGGCUAGGUUUCUCCCCUUCAUGUGUUGGAUGUUUUCCACCCCAUCCUGACCUUGCCUGUGGCUGGUCCACUACCAACUCUACUAGAGGAGAAAAGCUGGCAGUGAACCUAGCUCAGUGUCAGUGUGUUGGACAUGACCAGGCUGAGUGUCAGUGUCAGUGUGUUGGACAUGACCAGGCUGAGUGUCAGUGUCAGUGUGUUGGACAUGACCAGGCUCAGUGUCAGUGUGUUGGACAUGACCAGGCUGAGUGUCAGUGUGUUGGACAUGACCAGGCUGAGUGUCAGUGUCAGUGUGUUGGACAUGACCAGGCUGAGUGUCAGUGUGUUGGACAUGACCAGGCUGAGUGUCAGUGUCAGUGUGUUGGACAUGACCAGGCUGAGUGUCGUGUCAGUGUGUUGGACAUGACCAGGCUGAGUGUCAGUGUGUUGGCAUGACCAUGCUGAGUGUCAGUGUGUUUGGACAUGACCAGGCUGAGUGUCAGUGUGUUGGACAUGACCAGGCUGAGUGUCAGUGUGUUGGACAUGACCAGGCUGAGUGUCAGUGUGUUGGACAUGACCAGGCUCAGUGUCAGUGUGUUGGACAUGACCAGGUGAGUGUCAGUGUGUUGGCAAUGACCAGGCUCAGUGUCAGUGGUGAUGACCAGGCAGUGUAAGUGGUGGACAUGACCAGGCUGAGUGUCAGUGUGUUGGACAUGCCAGGCUGAGUGUCAGUUGUUGGACAUGACCAGGCUGAGUGUCAGUGUGUUGGACAUGACCGGGAGUGUCAGUGUGUUGGACAUGACAGAUGAGUGUCAUGGUGUUGGACAUGACCAGGCAGUGUCAGUGUGUGGACAUGACCAGGCGAGUGUCAGUGUGUUGGAACAUGACAGGCUCAGUUCAGUGUGUUGGAUGACCAGGCUGAGGUCAGUGUGUGGCAUGACCAGGCUGGUGUAGUGUUGGACAGGACCGGCUGAGUGUCAGUGUGUUGGACAUGACAGGCUCAGUGUCAGUGUGUUGAAAUGACCAGGCUGAGUGUCAGUUGUUGGAAUGACCAGGCUAGGUGUCAGGUGGUCAGUGUGUUGGACAUGACCAGCUGAGUGUCAGUGUUUGGACAUGACCAGGCUGAGUGUCAGUGUGUUGGACAUGCCCAGGCUGAGUGUCAAGUGUGUUUGGACAUGACCAGGCUUAUGUCAGUGUGUUGGACAUGACCAGGCUCAGUGUCAGUGUGUUGGACAUGACCAGGCUGAGUGUCAGUGUGUGGACAUGACCAGGCUGAGUUGUCAGUGUGUUGGACAUGACCAGGCUGAUGUCAGUGUGUGGACAUGACCAGGGCUGAGUGUCAGUGUGUUGGACAUGACCAGGCUCAGUGUCAGUGUGUUGGACAUGACCAGGCUGAGUGUCAUGUGUUUUGGACAUGACCAGGCUGAGUGUCAGUGUGUUGGACAUGACCAGGCUGAGUGUCAGUGUGUUGGACAUGACCAGGCUCAGUGUCAGUUGUUAUGACCGCCAGGCUGAGUCAGUGUGUGGCAUGACCAGGAGUUUCAGGUGUGGACAUGACGGCUGAUUGUCAGUGUUGGACAGACAGGCUGAUUGUCAGUGUUUUGGGACAUGACCAGGUUUUAGUGUGUUGGACAUGACCAGGCUGAGGUCAGUUGUUGGACUGACAGGCUAGUGCAGUGUGUUGGACAUGACCAGGCUGCAGUGUCAGUGUGUGGACAUGACCAGGCUGGUGUCAGUGUGUUGGACAUGACCAGGCUGAGUGUCAGGUGUUGGACAUGACCAGGCUCAGUGUCUGUGUUGGACAUGACCAGGCUCAGUGUCAGUGUGUUGGACAUGACCAGGCUGAGUGUCAGUGUUGGGACAUGACCAGCUGUCAGUGUGUGGACAGACCAGGUGAGUGUCAGUGGUUGGACAGGACCGGCUCAGUGUCAGUGUGUUGGACAUGACCAGGCUGGAUGUGUGUGUUGACAUGACCAGGCUCAGUGUCAGGUGUUGGACAUGCCAGGCGUUGUCAGUGUUGGACAUGACCAGGCUUCAGGUUGUUGGACAUGACCAGGCUGAGUGUCGUGUUGGACAUGACCGGUCAGUGUCAGUGUGUUGGACAUGACCAGGCUGAGUGUACGUGUGUUGGACAUGACCAGUGAGUUCAGUGUGUUGGACAUGACCAGGCUGAUUGUCAGUGUUGGACAUGACCAGGCUGAUUGUCAGUGUGUUGGACAUGACCAGGCUGUCGUGUGUUGGACAUGACCAGGCGAGUGUCAGUUCGUGUUGGACAUACAGGCUGAUUGUCAGUGUGUUGGACAUGACCAGGCUGAGUCGUGUGUUGGACAUGACCAGGCUGGUGUGUUUGGACAUGACCAGGCUAGUGUCAGUUGUUGGACAUGACCAGGCUGAGUGUCAGUGGUUGGACAUGACCAGGCUGAGUGUCAGUGUGUUGGACAUGAACAGGUGUGGUGGUUCAGCGGUGUGGACAUGGACAGCUAGUUCAGUGUGUUGGACAUGACCAGGCUCAGGUCAGUGUGUUGACAUGACCAGGUGAGUGUGUGUUGGACAUGACCAGGCUGAGUGUCAGGUGUUGGACAUGACCAGGCUGAGUGUCAGUGUGGUUGGACAUGACCAGGCUGAGUGUCAGUGUGGGAUGACAUGACCACGAGUGUCAGUGUUGGACAUCCAGGCUCAGUGUCAGGUGUGUUGGACAUGACCAGGCUGGGUGUGUUUGGACAUGACCAGGCUCAGUGUCAGUGUGUUGGACAUGCCAGGUGAGUGUCAGUGUGGCAUGGACAGACCAGUGUUCAGUGUGUGGACAUGACAGGCUCAGUGUCAGUGGUUGAACAGCCUGUGCGGUUCAGAUGUCAGUGUGUUGGACAUGACCAGGCUGAGUGUCAGUGGUUGGAACAGGCUGAGUGUCAGUGUUUGGACAUGACCAGGCUCAGUGUCAGUGUGUGGAAUGACCAGGCUGAGUGCAUGUGUUGGACAUGACCAGCUGAGUGUCAGUGUGUUGGACAUGACCAGGCUGAGUGUCAGUGGUUGGACAUGACCAGGCUCAGUGGUGUGUUGGACAGCGAGGUCAGUGUGUUGUGACAUGACCAGGCUGAGUGUCAGUGUGUUGGACAUGACCAGGCUGAGUGUCAGUGUGUUGGACAUGACCAGGUCAGUGUGGUUGUUGGCAUGACCAGGCUGAGUGUCAGUGUGUUGGCAUGACCAGGCUGAGUGUCUGUGUUGGACAUGACCAGGCAGUGUCAGGUUGUUGGACAUGACCAGGCUCAGUUCAGUUUUGGACAUGACCAGGCUGAGUGUCAGUGUGUUGGAACAUGACCAGCUGAGUGUCAGUGUGUUGGACAAUGAGGCUCAGGCUGGUGUUGGACAUGACCAGGCUCAGUGUCAGUGUGUUGGACAUGACCAGGGAUGUUGUGUUGGACAUGAACCAGGCUGGUGUCAGUGUGUUGGACAUGACCAGGCUCAGUGUCAGUGGUUUGGACAUGACCGGGUUUUGUUUGAACAUGACCGGCUGAGUGUCAGUGGUGUUGGACAUGACCAGGCUGAGUGUCAGUGUGUUGGACAUGACCAGGCUGAGUGUCAGUGUGUUGGACAUGACCAUGGCUCAGUGUCAGUGGUUUGGACAUGACCAGGCUGAGUGUCAGUGUGUUUGGACAUGACCAGGAUGGAGUGUCAGUGUGUUGGACAUGACCAGGCUGAGUGUCAGUGUGUUGGACAUGACCAGGCUCAGUGUCAGUGUGUUGGACAUGACCAGGCUGAGUGUCAGUGUGUUGGACAUGACCAGGCUGAGUGUCAGUUGUGUUGGACAUGACCAGGCUGAGUGUCAGUGUGUUGGACAUGACCAGGCUCAGUGUCAGUGUGUUGGACAUGACCAGGCUGAGUGUCAGUGUGUUGGACAUGACCAGCUGAGUGUCAGUGUGUUGGACAUGACCAGGCUGAGUGUCAGUGUGUUGGACAUGACCAGGCUCAGUGUCAGUGUGUUGGACAUGACCAGCUGAUGUCAGUGUGUUGGACAUGACCAGGCUGAGUGUCAGUGUUGGACAUGACCAGGCUGAGUGUCAGUGUGUUGGACAUGACCAGGCUCAGUGUCAGUGUGUUGGACAUGACCAGGCUGAGUGUCAGUGUGUUGGACAUGACCAGGCUGAGUGUCAGUGUGUUGGACAUGACCAGGCUGAGUGUCAGUGUGUUGGACAUGACCAGGCUGAGUGUCAGUGUGUUGGACAUGACCACGAUGAGUGUCAGUGUGUUGGACAUGACCAGGCUGAGUGUCAGUGUGUUGGACAUGACCAGGCUGAGUGUCAGUGUGUUGGACAUGACCAGGCUGAGUGUCAGUGUGUUGGACAUGACCAGGCUGAGUGUCAGUGUGUUGGACAUGACCAGGCUCAGUGUCAGUGUGUUGGACAUGACCAGGCUGAGUGUCAGUGUGUUGGACAUGACCAGGCUCAGUGUCAGUGUGUUGGACAUGACCAGGCUGAGUGUCAGUGUGUUGGACAUGACCAGGCUGAGUGUCAGUGUGUUGGACAUGACCAGGCUCAGUGUCAGUGUGUUGGACAUGACCAGGCUGAGUGUCAGUGGGUUGGGACAUGACCAGGCUUCAGUUGUCAGUGCUUGUGGACAUGACCAGGAUGAAGUGUCAGUGUGUUGGACAGACCAGGCUGAGUGUCAGUGUGUUGGACCUGACCAGGCUCAGUGUCGUGUGUUGGAAUGACCAGGCGAGUGUCAGUGUGUUGGACAUGACCAGCUGAGUGUAGGUGUUUGGGACCAGACCAGGCUGAGUGUCAGAUGUGUUGGACAUGACCAGGCUGAGUGUCAGGUGUUGGACAUGGAACAGGCGAGUGUCAGUGUGUUGGACAUGACCAGGCUGAGUGGUAAGUGUGUUGACAUGACAAGGCUGAGUGUCAGUGUCAGUGGUGGUGGGACAUGACCAGGCUGAGGUGUCAGUGUUUGUCAGUGUGUUGGACAUGACCAGGCUGAAGUGUCAGUUGUGUGUUGACCAUGACCAGGGCUGGGGGAAGGUGUCAGUGUGUUGGACAUGACCAGGCUGCUUUGAUCUGCACUCCGUCCAUCCGUGAACAGAGAACACCGAGAGAGAGAAGACGGAGAACUCUUGGGCCGCAUCCCAAAUGGCACCCUAUUCCCUAUAGAGUUCACCUUAUGGGCCCUGGUCAAAGGUAGUGCACUACAAAUGGGAUAGGGUGCCAGUUGGGACAUACUACCUUGUUAGGCAGGCUGAAGCCCCAUGUUAAAAAUAAAACGGAAGUGGAUAAUGAAACAGAAC